AUUAUCACCAGCACUGCCUGAUAGAGUUCUGUCUCACAACUUGAAAAGUACAGUGAUAUCUAAUAUGUAGUCAGAUUAAAUCACUUCUACCCAGGAUCUGAGCCUCUUUUUCUGGGACAUGGAGUUAGAAAAGCACGAAAAAGAAAUCUCAGCAAAACACACCUUAAAGGAGAAGCUGACGGUCCCCUCUGAAGAAUCCGGAACCAGACCUUUGACCUUCACAUUUGUUCCAUCUAUCGGACGACUUCCAACUCAUUUUCAGGUUGUAGAUGUCUGUAAACUCCUGGUCAGAACUUCAGAGGAGCCAAACAAUGAAAGCAGUCAAGAAAUUAUAAAUAGGUCUACUGUAGUCUCUGAUGACCUGGCCUUAAAAAGUGGAAUCAGGCAAGACAGUGAAUCCACCUAUCACGCAGGCACCAGCCAAAAGAUUUUCCGGCCAAAAGGGUGUAAGACGAGCAAAGGAGAAAUGCAAGAGAGUGACCUUUUCAAGGCUGAGUUUGUCUUUAUUACGGACUCUGAUGAAGGAGAUGAAGAGACCAUUUCCAGAAACAAUGUUCACCAGCCUUCUGUAGGUCAUGGCACUGGGCAUGCGAGAUGCCAGUUAUUGGCUACCUCCCACAUUUCUUCUGGUGGUGAGUCAAGCAAACCUCAUGGUGACCUGAAUGUUCCUGAGACACAAUGUGCUGUGCUGUCGCACAGUGCUACCCGUUCCCCAAAACAACACCAGUUAACUUCUCCUUCUACUUUUGAUCAUCUUUCUCAUAAACCACCUGCUGCCUGCUUAAUUUCUCCAACUAAACUGAAAGUAAAAUGUGACAUUGUUAAUCCGAAACAAGUCUCUUCUCUGGAAGAAUCCUAUAACAAGUGGCAGUCUGCAGCUAGGUCUUCUAAACAAGAUUCAUCUACGUGUUUUCAGGCUACUGCUCACAGUUCACCUCUUUACAUGCCCCAGAGAUCACCAUCUGUAUUAAACAGCCCUUCUUCCAGUACUCAAUUCUCCAAUAACCUUCAAAUGCCUAAUAUUGCUAUGCCUAACUAUGUUUACAAAAUGUCUGAAUUCACAGCAUCAUCCGUUCCAAGCAAGAGUCCAACUCCAGUUUCAUAUUUUCCCAAUUCAGCAGGAAUGCCAGGUUCUCCAGAUCAGCCCGUAUCUCCCUGUUCUUCUAAGAGAUUGAACACAUUCUUUGCCACCCCUGUCCAUAUCACAGCACAUUCAUUAUCACCUAGUCCUAAACCACUGUCCUCCCCAUUUUAUGGUUCCUCCUCAACCAUAUGUAGUGUAAAUGAGGCUGGUAGCAGGAUGUCCUCUAGUGGAAAUCUGAUGAAGUCUGGAAUUAGAUCCUCUCUGCCAACCAGACUCUCUCUCUUAACUGCUAUUCUGAAGUCAGGCCGGUCUCAGCAAAGACCACUCUCCUCUGCAUCCUGUCCCCCUACCUUUUCUCCUAAUUCCCGUUGCUCCUCAACACUCACAAUAGAUCAAAAGUUUAAAACAAGUCCCCCUACCCCUAAGAAAUCUGCCUCAAGCUUUUCUAUUAGGUCAAACUCUCCAAGCCAAGAGGUACAUUGGCCUUCACUAUUUUCUCACUCACCCACUCACGUGCCUUUGUCCUCAAAGUCCAUUUCUACUCCUCGGGCUAGAUCCCUUUCCCCUAAAAAGCACCUUCAUGCCAGAACACUUUCUCCUGACUCAUUAUAUCCUCUAUCAUCCACCAUUUCUUCCUAUAGGAAAACAGUUGUAUCCCCCCUAUUACAACCUAAAUCAUCUUCAAUGCCACCCCCUGUCCCAAGACACUCUUCUUCCCUUAACCCUGCCCUUUCUCCUACAAAACUGUUGCCUUACCCUGUCCACAAACCGCAAAGGCCUGAAAAGUCUAGGAGAGUCCACACCUACUCACCCACUUUCACUUGUAAAUCAUACCCUUUGUCCUCUCCUGCCAAUGAAAAAGGCACAUUCUCCCCUAUCCUAGAAAAAUGUUCUUCCUCUUCUCCAAAUCUUUUGCAUCCAACCUAUAAAUCAAAAGCAGGUUCAUCCCCGCUGUCUGCUCAGGAACUGAAUCCUGUCUCCCCUACCCCUUCAAAUGUCUCAACCCAUUGGUCUUCCUCAUCUGCUAAUUCUACAUCACCCAUUUGCCCAUCCUAUAAUAUUCAUUCCCACUCACCACAACUUAAUUCCGCCUCACUGCACCCAAAACAUAGUUUAUAUUCCUCAGCUGCAAGACCUACGCAGUUCCCCACUAUAUCAGUAACACCAUGUAGAUCUCCUGUCCCAGGCCAGUCACCUUGUACACCGUUGUCAAGAUCCAGGGAGCUGCGUUCACCAAAGUCUUUUUCCCAGCCUCCUGAUCAUGAAAGCCUGAAACCCAAGCAAUACAAGAUCAAGACAAGCUACAAGGCCUUUGCAGCAAUCCCUACAAACACCUUGCUUAUGGAGCAGAAGGCAUUAGAAGAGCCAAUUAAAACAGAAAAAAUGACUGAAGACACUACUUCGGACACACAUUCGGAGAUGUGCUCCCCUGCCCAGCUCAGGCAACAAACUGAAGAACUCUGUGCUGCCAUCGAUCAAGUCCUACAGGAUCCCUUGCCUAUGCGCCGGUGUGAAUCUUCUCCAUCUUCCCUGCACACAUCAAUGGAUUCAGACGUAGGCAAAAUGUCUGCAACACUGCAGAGAGCAGCUGGACGGGAAACCAGAUAUGCUAAUCUUUAUUUACCAACGCCUUCAGUGACAGAGAGCCAACUGACAAAGCCUGGUGUUAUUCGUCCAGGGCCAGUGAAAACAAAAACCUUAUUAAAAACGGAGGAGCCCUAUCAACCAAACCCUUUCAAAAAAUACCUUGAAGAAACCAGAGAUCCAGAUAUUGAGCAGAAAUCUGCACUACCUCAUUCCCUUUCCUGUCACGCCUCCCCGUUUGACAAUGAGCACUGGUGAUCAUGUGGGUGACAUUCAGUUUGAGACCUAGUGAUGCAGCCAGCUGUAUUUGGUGAUCGUCAGCUCCACCACUUCCUGUGUGGAUCUCAUAAUUUGCAUGGCAGAGAGUAGUUUUUCACUUAUAAUGGGACAGGCAAAACUGCUCCAUAUGGAAAAUAUCUUUGUCCUUACAACAAAAGUAUUAAAAUUUGCUUUUAAGUUCAGCAUUUUUCAUGCAGUUCUUCACAUAUGUGUUUUUGCAUUAUUCAUCUUCUACCUUUACCCGAAUGUCUUCAUUUGUAGGAUCUUAUUAUGUAAAGUAGGAAAAUAAUAUUUUGUUGUGCUUUGAAUGAACUUGCAUUUUGGCAAUGUUGAAAUGGUGUGCUGAUCAUUUUUUGAGGCUAAAUUAAAUGGAGUUCCUUAAUUUGUUAAAAUUCCCCUGGAAAAGAUGUAGAAUUAUACAAAUGGGUGGAGCUCUUUUUAUUAAUGUUUUGGUCCUGCCUGUAUGCCCAUGUGCCAAUAAAAUGUAUAUAUUCAGGGAAAACAUUGAUUUUAUUUUGGCUUUUUCUUGUAAUGGCUCAUACUGAUUUGCUGUUUUUCAGAAGAGAAGUGUAGCUUUUAGCAGUGACCAUUCACUGAAGUUAGUAUCAUCAUUUACUUAUUUAAUCAAUUAAUGUACCAUGAAGUUACCUUUCCCUUCUGAAAACAGUUAUAUUUUCAGCAAAAAAGAUAGAUAUUAAUAUUUUUAUGGGGCUGGUUAAUUAUGGAAACAUUGAAGUUCAGUGCCUACAUUUUCUGAGCCUUUAAGCAUUUAAGAAUUCGAUAUGUCCAUUAAAUGGAUGAGUAAGUUUUUGAUGGUUCAAUAGAAUACCAUAAUUUUUAGCAUUUUCCUUAUCAUGGGAAUAGACUUUGUUCUUUGGCUGGUACAUUUUAAUGAUGAUUCUGCAAGGCUGCUUUAAAGGAUAUAUUUGCUAGUGGAGCGUGUGCAUUAUUUACAAAUGCUAAUGAAUGACUGACAGACUCAAUUUUCAUGAAAGUAUCAAAAUGAUAGAUUUUGUGUCUUGUGGAUGCUAAGACCUUUAUGGGCAUAACAAGUUGGUUAACACCAUGUCUUAUGCAGCUGUUCAAGGACUCCCUGUAUUUUUUUCAUCUGUGGAUAUGUAUUAUACACUUGCAUGAUUUAGAAUUAGGGCUGUCGAUUAAUCGUAGUUAACUCGUGAUUAACUCAAAAUUAAUCAUG